AUGGACUCAGAGGAUGACCCCUUGCUGCAAGAUGUGUGGCUAGAGGAGGAACAGGAAGAGGAGGAGGAAACAAUGGGUGAGGCCUUUAGGAGGAGCCAGAAGAAGCCAGGGCCCCAAGCUGGGGCAGGGAGGCAGUGUUGCUGGCGGCGCUGGACCUUGCCGUCCCGGCCCCCAGCCUCGGGCUUCUGGAGUACCCUGGGCUGGGCCUUCACCAAUCCGUGCUGUGCAGGGCUGGUGCUCUUUCUGGGCUGCAGCAUCCCCAUGGCCUUGUCAGCCUUCAUGUUCCUCUACUACCCGCCACUGGACAUCGACAUCUCCUACAAUGCCUUUGAGAUCCGCAACCAUGAGGCCUCCCAGCGUUUUGACGCCCUUGCGCUGGCGCUCAAAUCCCAGUUUGGGUCCUGGGGGCGCAACCGGCGCGACCUGGCUGACUUCACUUCUGAGACACUUCAGCGCCUCAUCACAGAGCAGUUGCAGCAACUACAUCUAGGGAACCGCUCGCGGCCGGCCGCCCGAGCCCCACACACGGUGGUUGCCGUAGCCACGCAGAAUGGCUUGUUGUGGGACACCACUACCGCCCAGAAGCCAACAGCCAAUCGAAGCGGGCGUCUCCGGCGAGAGGCUCCACCCCUGGAGGGGCCAGCAGCCAACCAGAGUGAAGCACCGAUAAACGCUGGGCUAGACAAGAGUGGGAGGCGCCCACCCAGUGCCCUGCCCCCCACAGCAGCCGCGGCCAAUCAGAGCCGUGCCCGCCGCGGCACCUCGCGCUGGGACUACUCACGCUCCUAUGUGAGCGCCAACACCCAGACGCAUGCACACUGGCGCAUCGAGCUCAUCUUCCUGGCACGUGGCGACGCUGAGCGCAACAUUUUCACGAGUGAGAGGCUGGUCACAAUCCACGAGAUUGAGCGCAAGAUCAUGGACCACCCGGGCUUCCGGGAGUUCUGCUGGAAGCCCCAUGAAGUGCUCAAGGACCUGCCACUCGGCUCCUAUUCCUACUGCUCCCCGCCCAGCUCGCUCAUGACCUACUUCUUCCCCACUGAGAGGGGUGGCAAGAUUUACUAUGAUGGCAUGGGUCAGGACCUGGCCGACAUCCGGGGCUCCCUAGAGCUGGCCAUGACUCACCCAGAGUUCUACUGGUAUGUGGACGAGGGCCUCUCCGCAGAAAACCUCAAGAGCUCCCUCCUACGCAGCGAGAUCCUCUUUGGAGCACCCCUGCCCAACUACUACUCGGUGGACGAUCGCUGGGAGGAGCAGCGGGCUAAGUUUCAGAGCUUUGUGGUCACCUAUGUGGCCAUGCUGGCCAAGCAGUCCACUAGCAAAGUCCAGGUCCUGUAUGGGGGCACAGACCUCUUUGAUUAUGAGGUUCGCAGAACCUUCAACAACGACAUGCUCCUGGCCUUCAUUAGCAGCAGCUGCAUUGCAGCCCUCGUCUACGUUCUCACCUCCUGCUCAGUGUUCCUGUCCUUCUUCGGGAUUGCCAGCAUCGGCCUCAGUUGCCUGGUGGCACUCUUCCUGUACCAUGUGGUCUUCGGUAUCCAGUACCUGGGCAUCCUCAAUGGGGUAGCUGCCUUUGUGAUAGUGGGCAUCGGUGUGGACGACGUCUUUGUGUUCAUCAACACCUACCGCCAGGCCACCCAUCUGGAAGACCCUCAACUGCGGAUGAUCCACACCAUCCAGACAGCGGGCAAGGCCACCUUCUUCACCUCGCUGACCACGGCCGCCGCCUAUGCGGCUAACAUCUUCUCCCAGAUCCCAGCUGUCCAUGACUUUGGCCUGUUCAUGUCUCUGAUCGUGUCCUGCUGCUGGCUGGCAGUGCUCUUCACCAUGCCCGCGGCCCUGGGCAUCUGGAGCCUUUACAUGGCACCGCUGGAGAGUGCCUGCCAGACCAGCUGCAACCAGAAGUGCGGCCGCAGGAGUUCCCCACACUUCCCUGGGGAUGUGUUCACGGCUCCUGAGCCUGCUGGGGGUGGGCCCGCACAAGGCCCCAUGCCCUACCUGGACGAUGACAUCCCCCUGCUGAGUGUGGAGGAGGAGCCAGUGUCGCUAGAGCUGGGAGAUGUGUCCCUGGUGUCUGUGCCGCCCGAGGGCCUGCAGCCGGCCCCCAACGGGAGCAGCCGGGGGCAGCUCAUUGCCCAGCUGCAGGAGCUGCUGCACCACUGGGUCCUGUGGUCGGCCGUCAAGAGCCGUUGGGUGAUUGUGGGGCUCUUCGUCUCCAUCCUCGUCCUGUCCCUGGUGUUUGCCAGCCGGCUCCGCCCUGCCAGCCGGGCCCCGCUGCUCUUCCGGCCCGAUACCAACAUCCAGGUGCUGCUGGACCUCAAGUAUAACCUGAGCGCCGAGGGCAUCUCCUGCAUCACCUGUUCAGGUCUGUUCCAGGAGAAGCCCCACAGCCUGCAGAACAACAUCCGGACAUCCCUGGAGAAGAAGAAGCGGGGUUCCGGGGUGUCCUGGGCCAGCCGGCCUGAGGCCACCCUUCAGGACUCCCCAGGCACCGUGUACAUCUCCAAGGUGAAGAACAGAGGCCACCCGACUGUCUACAGGUUCUCCCUCAACGCCAGCCUGCCUGCCCCUUGGCAGACCGUGUCCCUUGGGGACGGGGAGGUGCCCUCCUUCCAGGUGUAUAGAGCGCCUUUUGGUAACUUCACCAAGAAGCUGACCGCUUGUAUGUCUACAGUAGGGCUGCUCCAGGCGGCGAGCCCCUCCCGCAAGUGGAUGGUGACGACCUUGGCCUGCGACACCAAGCGGGGCUGGAAGCUUGACUUCAGCUUCUACGUGGCCGCCCAGGAGCAGCAGCACACCCGGAAGCUGUAUUUUGCCCAGUCCCACAAGCCCCCUUUCCAUGGGCGUGUGUGCGUGGCACCUCCUGGCUGCUUGCUCAGCUCCAGUCCCGAUGGGCCAACCAAAGGCUUCUUUUACGUGCCCAGUGAGAAAGCACCCAAGGCCCACCUCUCCGCCACCUUCGGCUUCAACCCCUGCAUUAACACGGGCUGUGGGAAGCCAGCAGUGCGGCCGCUGGUGGACACAGGGGCCAUGGUCUUCGUGGUCUUUGGCAUCAUUGGCAUCAACCGCACACGGCAGGUGGACAACCACGUCAUUGGAGACCCAGGCAGCGUCAUCUAUGACAGCAGCUUUGACCUCUUCAAAGAAAUCGGGCACCUGUGUCGCCUCUGCAAGGCUAUAGCGGGGAACUCAGAGUUGGUGAAGCCGGGUGGGGCCCAGUGCCUGCCCUCAGGCUACAGCAUCUCCUCCUUCCUGCACAUGCUGCACCCUGAGUGCAAGGGGCUGCCCGAACCCCACCUGCUCCCAGGGCAGCUAUCACAUGGGGCUGUGGGUGUCAAAGAUGGCCGCGUGCAGUGGAUCUCCAUGGCCUUCGAGUCGACCACGUACAAGGGCAAGUCCUCCUUCCAGACCUACUCGGACUACCUCCGCUGGGAAAACUUCCUGCAGCAGCAGCUGAAGAUGCUCCCCGAGGGCUCGGCCCUGCACCAUGGCUUCCAGACCUGCGAGCACUGGAAGCAGAUCUUCAUGGAGAUCAUAGGGGUGCAGAGCGCCCUGUACGGCCUGGCCCUGUCCCUGCUCAUCUGCGUGGCUGCUGUGGCCGUGUUCACCACCCACGUGCUCCUCCUGCUGCCCGUGCUCCUUAGCAUCUUGGGCAUCGUGUGCCUCGUGGUGACCAUCAUGUACUGGAGUGGCUGGGAGAUGGGUGCUGUGGAGGCCAUCUCUCUGUCCAUCCUCGUUGGCUCCUCCGUGGAUUACUGCGUCCACCUGGUUGAGGGCUACCUGCUGGCUGGAGAGAAUCUGCCCCCCCACCAUGCUGAGGACGCCCACUCACAGCGCCAGUGGCGGACGCUGGAGGCGGUGCGGCAUGUCGGCGUGGCCAUCGUCUCCAGCGCCCUCACCACGGUCAUCGCCACGGUGCCCCUCUUCUUCUGCAUCAUCGCCCCGUUUGCCAAGUUCGGCAAGAUCGUCGCCCUCAACACAGGUGUCUCCAUCCUCUACACCCUCACGGUCAGCACAGCCCUGCUCGGCAUCAUGGCGCCCGGCUCCUUCACGCGGACCAGGACUUCCUUCCUCAAAGCCCUGGGCGCUGUGCUCCUGGCGGGGGCCCUGGGGCUGGGCGCCUGCCUUCUGCUCCUCCGGAGCGGCUAUAAGAUCCCCCUGCCCAAUGGGACCUCCCUAUAG